UAUCGUCUGAUUUUGAAAUGUUAUACCUUUUUUAAUUCGCACGGAUCCCUACUAUAAAUUGACAAUCAAUCAAAUAAACAAUCGAAUCGUAACAUAAAACUUUUUACAAAAAAAAUACACUUAAAUUAAACAUGCCUUGAAGUACAUGCCCCAAAGGAGGCCCAAACUAUCUUAAUUACAAUACUAUCGUUUGAUUUUUGUAAUGUUUGAUCAGAUAUGAAUGGACAAAUUAUUUAUUUCCGUAUACAGUGAGCCGUAAGUUGACGAGACAAUGAUUGACGGCACGACCUCGUAUAGUCGGGACCGUCUAAAAUUCGCUUUAUACGUUUAUUUGAUAUCCCUGACCUGGCUGGUGAUAGCGCUGGUCCAAUGGUUGAUUAUCAACUUGUUGCCCAAUGCCGGUGGCGUAUUCGCAGUAGGCAUACUACUGGGAGUGGCAUUGGUACUCGUUAAUCAGCUGAACAAAAUUUGGUUAAAUUGGAUUCUAACUGCGCUAACCAUAGAGUUCGGGAUCCUUGGUAUGGCUGCUCUGGUCAUCACAUCCUUGUGGCCGGAACUACUCCUGUGGAUUUUCAUUUCUUCGCUGCUGAUCGUCGAUUGCAUUGUUCUUAAUAUUUAUUUGCCUUGCGAUCUUACCAAGGAUGCAUUCACACUGCAUAUUAUUUCCUGUGUCUUCUUUUUCGGAUCAAUUUUCAUACACAUGAUGUACGUGAUAAUAACCUCGUCGUAUUUCAGUGUCAUGUUCCAAAUCCUGCUCAGCGCUAUUGUCGUUAUGGUGAUUGUUAACUUAAAGACUGGGCUCCAUCGAUAUCUAUUAUCGCUCCCUCUCUCUCCCUCUCUAUAUCUUUUGUUUGUCCUGCACAACGCGCAGGCAAUUUCUGGUGCACUUUAUGCGGAGCUAGUCCCCGAAGAUUUUCUUCUGCCCAGCGUCGCCUUUUUCUAUCAUUUUGUCGUGCUCUUUUUGCUUUCCUUUUCUGCGCACCAGUACAAGUUCGGCACGUGGACAAUGGUUGCGAUCGGAUGGCUCAAUCCAUCUCUGUUGAAGGAGAAUGAGGCAAGUUAACCAGCACCAGAGGAAUCCUUGCCAAGUAAAUUAUCUGUUCAAAUUGUUUUGUAAAUUAUUUUGUUAUAUUUUUUCAUUUGUUUAUACUUAUCAACAGGCAUUCUUAAUUUCAGAGCCUUGGUAGCCAUAUUUGGGUGCUGAACCGAUCAUCUUGAAGAAUACAUUUUCCCUAGUGUGAAGCAAAAUGAAGAAGUACAGCCGCUGCGUUUGUGUGUGUGUGUGUGUGCGUGCUUUUGACGUAUGUUUGUGUAGAAAAAUCUUGAGUGUAUGUAAAAGAAAGGGUAUACC